AUGUCCACAAGCUCACAAAUCAAUUACGUAAACGGCAUUCGUAAACCAGUCUCGCUUACCAGUGACAACGACAUGUUCUACUCAACGCAACAACAGCUAAAAGGUGGAGGGAGCGGAGACAUGGCGACGAUGAGCGAAAAAGAGGUCAGCUUCCACUCGACGACUUCACGAAAGACGGUGGUGUCUAGGAGUAGAUGGGCGACGGAAGACGGUGGCUUUGGUGAUUGCACUUUCUCGGCUUCCUCAGAAGCACCCGAGUCCUUCAUGAGACGUAGACCGACGCUUUCCACAGCACUGUCCCAUAGCUGGACCUUUUCCUGA